GAGCCUAUGUACAGCGUUUUCACCCGCAAUGCUCCCAGGCCGUGUUGUCUAGGAUUGCAAAUAGCUUUUCCUCCCUGACGUCACAGCACAUAACGCAUGCGCAUGCUUCGCGCAUGCUGUGUUGUGUUUUUCCGUCUCAGGAGCAAUGGUGUUCCAUUUGGUGUCCAGAUGUUCUGCAAGGCUCUUCUGGGCAGCAUCAGGAUGGAGGAGGACCUACAUUCAGGGAGCCUCAGUGGGGCUGAAGUGUCUGGGUUGCCCUCGGGAUAUGUACAGCCCCUUGGCUUGCAGAGGGUACUCCUCCGUCUCCAGCAGCCCUGAGGUGAUGCUGACCCCUGAGCGAUACCCAGUGCAACGGCUGCCGUUUUCCACUGUGUCUGAGGAGGACCUGGCUGCCUUUGAACGCAUCAUACCUGGCAGAGUGAUCACAGACCCCGAGCAGCUGGAGGCAUGCAAUGUGGACUGGCUGAGGAGCGUCCGGGGCUGUAGUAAAGUGUUGCUGAGGCCCCAGACCACUGAGGAAGUGUCUCAGAUUCUUAGGCAUUGCCAUAAGAGAAACUUGGCUGUGAACCCCCAAGGAGGGAACACUGGCAUGGUGGGGGGCAGUGUCCCUGUCUUUGAUGAAAUCAUCCUGUCCACUGCCCUCAUGAAUCAAGUCAUCAGCUUUCAUGAUGUAUCCGGAAUUCUGGUGUGCCAGGCAGGCUGUGUGCUGGAGGAGCUGAGUCAGUACUUGCAGGAGCGCGACUUCAUCAUGCCCCUGGACUUGGGAGCCAAGGGUAGCUGCCACAUUGGGGGCAAUGUGGCAACCAACGCUGGCGGUCUGCGCUUUCUGCGAUACGGCUCACUUCGAGGGACUGUCCUGGGCCUGGAAGUGGUACUUGCUGAUGGGACCAUCCUGAACUGCCUGACCUCCCUGAGGAAGGAUAACACAGGCUAUGACCUGAAGCAGCUAUUCAUUGGGUCAGAGGGCACCCUGGGAAUCAUCACUGCUGUGUCCAUCUUGUGUCCACCCAGGCCCAAGGCUGUGAAUGUGGCUUUCCUCGGUUGCCCCGGGUUUGCCGAGGUUCUACAGACAUUCAGCACCUGCAAGGGGAUGCUGGGCGAGAUUCUGUCUGCAUUUGAGUUCAUGGAUGCCGAAUGCAUGAAGUUGGUGGGACAGCACCUCCACCUGACCAACCCAGUACAAGAGAGUCCAUUCUAUGUCCUUGUUGAGACCUCAGGCUCCAGUGCAGGACAUGAUACUGAGAAGCUGACCAGCGUUCUGGAGCAGGUGCUGAACUCUGGCCUGGUGAGCGAUGGCACCAUUGCCACGGACCAGAGGAAAGUCCAGAUGCUGUGGGCCCUGCGGGAGAGGAUCACAGAGGCGCUCAGCCGUGACGGCUACGUGUUCAAGUAUGACAUAUCCCUCCCGGUAGAACGGCUCUAUGACCUCGUGAUCGACCUGCGCACCCGCGUUGGCCCUCGUGCCAAACAUGUGGUGGGAUACGGGCACUUGGGGGAUGGUAACCUUCACCUGAAUGUGACGGCAGAGGCCUUUAGCCAGGAGCUGCUCGGUGCCUUGGAGCCCUACGUGUAUGCCUGGACAGCGGAGCAGCGGGGCAGUGUCAGCGCCGAGCAUGGCAUAGGCUUCAAGAAGAAGAAUGUCCUCGGCUAUAGCAAGCCUCCUGUGGCUGUGAAGAUGAUGCAACAGCUCAAGGUCCUGCUGGACCCCAAAGGCAUCCUGAACCCCUAUAAGACUCUGCCCGCUCAGGCCUAAUCUUGUUGCUGCAAGAUGCCGGGACCUCGGGCACGGCAGGGUUGAUAGGCCUUGCGGCCUGCCAUCUGAUGACACCUGCAACAGACCAGGUGUCACUGGCUAACUAGGAGCCAACUCUGAGGACCCUCUGGACUGGGCUGCCUUUCUGUGAGUUGAGCAGAGUAGACAGAGCCGCCUGGUCCCUUCUUUAGUCUCCUGCCAGCUCGUUGUGGACAGACUAAGUGGGCGGGCAGUUUCCCCACUCCCAAACAGGCCGGCUCUCACCUGCUUUGUGGUGGCUGGUGGAGACGGCCUUGUUGCAGCUCUGGGAGGAGAGCGAUGUGAUCUCUUCACUGAAUGGAUCCCUGUGUGAUGUGUGUGCCCUGUGAGGGCUGCGGCGAGUUGUCCAGCCCCAGAUCAGUUACCAUUAUGACGCAGAACGCCACGGCUCAUUCACAUGGAGCUGAGUGGAAUCUGCUGUCUCACCAAGCUGGUCUUGGAUUGGCAACUGAUCAGGCAGACCAUAUGUCUUGUUUUGUUUUUUUUUUUUUUGUUGUUUGUUUGUUUGUUUCGUUUAGCCCUGACUAUCCUAAACUUACUAUGUAGGCCAGACUGACCUUUCUCUCAGAGAUCCUCCUGCCCGUGCCUCUUCUUCCUGAGUGCUGGGAUUAAAGGCCAGUGCCACUGCACCCGGCUUACCUCGUUCCUGAAGGCCUGUCUGGAUGGUAAGGAGGUGUGGUGGGCUGUGAGUGCUUGCAGAACUUACUGGCAUGGGACAAUCUCCAGAUUGAAGUGAUAGAGGCAACUUUCAGUCCUGGGCCUACCCUGUGGCCUACACCUGUCCUCCAGGACUUUGACCGGUCUCCUGACCUAGAUUCCUGGCAGUCUGGGAGGUUGAACACACCUAUCUCCUCUUUUGCUAUCAUCAAUUUCCAGAAAAGAAAACUUUGAAUUAUAAUCUGCUGCUGGAAAGUCAUUUACAUAAAGUCAGUUGUAAAGUUCUGGCUUAACACACCCCUCUGCACAUUUGGUGCUCUCUGGGUUCCCAGUGUGUCUUCACACGUGGAUUGGGAAGUAAACGUGGUGGUGGUGGUGGUGGUGGGUAUUGGAGGAGGAAGAGGCCGCAGCCACCCUGCCCUUUAGCGUGGUUCAAAUAGGUCCAGUGAAUGUGAGGUCCCAGAGCAGGUGUGUGCUAAGCCCUUCUGGUUGGUGCCAACCUUACUCUUGUUCCUGCUGGGCAUUUGUUUGUGGAGUUCACAGGGUGAGGGGUGGGCCAAGGGGCUGUGGUUUUCUCCUCUUGAGUAGCUAUGUGAUGUUCCCUUUGAUUCUUCCGUCCCUGGGGAAGGGUCACUUCUUAAAACCCUAUAGCUUUUCCUUUUGUGUCUUGAAGUCAGUACAUUUUGACGUGAGUGGCAUCUAAGAGUCGAUGAAAUACAGCAUGGCUGGUGUAGCAGUGUGUACCCGGAAGACAAGCUAUCCAGGGUUGUGUUAGCACUGACUGCUCAGACAAGGGAGCAGCGAGUUCUACCCAUGUUGAAGGCUAGCUGGAAAAUGAACUUGCUUCUGAGUCUGUUCACUGACCAGACUACAGUCACUGAGGACAGAGAACAUCCUGAACCUACUUUGGGCACAUAGGAGGCACACCCCAAACCAUUGUGGUUUGCUGGCCUGGUGUCCUUGGUCAAGUGUGUGCCAGUCAGAUUCCUUGAGAAACCUCAGGCCUCUGACACAGCUGUCCCCUAACACCUCAACACAGGAAGAAGAAUUAGAUUAUUGUCAGAAGAUGACAACCCCCGUGUGGGAGAGAGCUGGGUAGAGUGGUGCUUGCUGUUAAUCCAGCAUUCAGGAGGCAGAGGCCGAUCUCUAAAUCAGAGAGUUCCAAGCCAGCCAGAGCUCCGUAGCGAGAUCCUGUCUUAAAACGUAAGGACGGAGGACCAAACAGCUGACUCCUCCCAUUCCACUGCACACAGGAAGUUUCUAGUGUACAAACCGGGAGGGGCUAUUGUGUCUGGAUUAGAAGUUUAGGGUUCCCCCUGCAGAUGUCUGAGCUGUUGGAAUAUGAGCCCUGCUUACCUAAUCAGGACGGUGCGAGGAGCACAGCCAAGGCCAGCAACUGCUCAGAGAACUUGAUCUCAGUCCUAGGAAAGAUGGCUGGGGCGUGGGCAGGCCCUGGCCAGGACUACAAGGGGCUAUGUGGUCUUCCAGAGCAGUGUGCUUCACAGAAGAAGGACAGAUGUCAUAUGAAGGUGGUUAGCAUCCAGUGCCAUGUAUGGCUAUGGGCAUGGAGACCUUACCUGUGGGGGUUGUGCUAACUGGGCCCAGCACCCCUAUCCAGUAGUGGCCACCCUGAACCAGCUCCUGCCCCUGGACAUAGGGGAUGCAGAGGACCUCUGCUAGUGUUCUUGGUAU